AUGCCCGGCUCGUCCCUCUGGCUCGUGCCGCCUCCGUCCCAUCCGCUGCGCGACAUCCUCUCCACGCUCAUAAACAUGACCCUGCCGGCCCGCUUCCCGGAGCUCACCCGCGUGUCCUUCUCCCCGCACGUGACGUUGACGUCCAACGUGCCGCCAUCGCGGUAUGGUGAUAAGCCGCUGGACUGGCUCGACGCGGUGCCCUGGCCGUCGGCGGAUGAGGUGAGGGUUUGUUUCGGGGAUGUCAGGACGGAAGAUGUGUUUUUUCGGCGGUGCUAUGUGAAGGUUGGCUUUGAGGGCGUGAAGAAAGUUGCGGGGAUUGGAAGGGCUGGGGAUGCUUCGAUCGAUGACCAUACGCUCCAGGAGAUCAGGGACGUCGUUCGGGAGGCGGGUGUUCGUCUUGAUGGGCUGGGUUCUGGGGACCGGGAGGGGUUUGGGGGCUGGGAGGGUGGCGAGGUCUGGCUUGUGCCUACUGAUAGACCUGUUGAGGGUUGGAAGCCUAUCGCGGUGAAGACGCUUUGA